AUGUCGGUCGGAUGGUUUGAGAAGGGGAGGAUCUACACCUACAUCGGAGAGGUGGUAGUGUCCGUUAACCCUUACCGUGCCAUGAACAUCUACGGCCGCGACACCAUAGAGCAGUACAAGGGCCGCGAGCUGUACGAGAGGCCGCCCCACCUCUUCGCCAUCGCAGACGCCGCUUACAAAGCCAUGAAGAGGAGGAACAAAGACACUUGUAUUGUCAUCUCAGGGGAAAGUGGAGCAGGAAAGACAGAAGCCAGCAAGUACAUAAUGCAAUACAUUGCUGCUAUCACCAAUCCCAAUCAGAGGGCUGAAGUUGAAAGGGUGAAAAACAUGCUGCUUAAAUCCAACUGUGUCUUGGAGGCCUUCGGCAACGCCAAGACCAACCGCAACGACAACUCCAGCCGCUUCGGCAAAUACAUGGACAUCAACUUUGACUUCAAGGGAGAUCCCAUCGGAGGCCACAUCAACAACUACCUGCUGGAAAAGUCCAGAGUUAUUUUCCAACAGGAAGGAGAGAGGAGCUUUCAUUCUUUCUACCAGCUGCUCAGAGGAGCUCCAGAUUCCCUGUUACGCUCGCUUCACAUCCAGAAGGACCCGACAGCUUACAACUACAUCAAAGUUGGAGGCCAAAUUAAGUCUUCUAUCAAUGAUGGAGCUGAUUUUAAAGCCGUGGCCGACGCCAUGAAAGUGAUCGGCUUCACAGGGGACGAGAUUCAGACUGUUUACAAGAUCCUCGCCACCAUCCUACAUCUGGGCAACAUGACAUUCGGGGUGGACGGUGAUGUGACUUUGAUAGAGAACACAAAGCUGGUGUCUGUUAUUCGGGAGCUGCUGUCCACCAAAGAAGAAAACGUGGAGAAGGCGUUGCUCUACCGCACCGUGGCCACAGGACGAGACGUCAUCGAAAAGCAGCACACGGCACAAGAGGCCAGCUACGGACGGGACGCUCUCGCCAAGGCCAUGUACGAGCGCCUCUUCUGCUGGAUUGUGGGACGAAUCAAUGACAUCAUCGAGGUGAAAAACUACGACGCCAGAGUCCACGGGAAGAACACCGUCAUCGGGGUGCUGGACAUCUAUGGAUUUGAGAUUUUCCAGAACAACAGCUUUGAACAGUUCUGCAUCAACUACUGUAAUGAAAAGCUGCAGCAGCUUUUCAUCCAGCUGGUGCUGAAGCAGGAACAGGAAGAGUAUCAACGAGAGGGCAUCCCCUGGAAACAUAUUGAUUACUUCAAUAACCAGAUAAUUGUGGAUUUGGUGGAGCAGCAGCAUAAAGGCAUCUUCUCUGUGCUGGAUGAAGCCUGUAUGAAUGUGGGCAAAGUCACAGAUGAGGUUUUCCUCCAAGGACUCAAUGGCAAGCUGGCCAAACACGCCCACUACACCAGCCGCAAGCUCUCGCCAACCGACAAGAGCUUGGAGUUUGACAGAGACUUUCGUAUCAGGCACUACGCAGGAGAUGUGGUGUAUUCUGUGGUGGGUUUUAUUGAUAAGAACAAAGACACUCUGUUCCAGGAUUUCAAGAGACUGCUGUACAACAGUUCUAACCCGGUGCUGAAGGGGAUGUGGCCUGAGGGCAAACUGAGCAUCACAGAGGUCACCAAACGACCUCUAACAGCUGCUACGCUCUUCAAAAACUCCAUGAUCUCGCUGGUUGAGAACCUGGCCUGCAAGGAACCCUAUUAUGUCCGCUGCAUCAAGCCCAACGAUGUCAAGUCCCCUCUACUCUUCGAGCAGGAGCGCUGCCGCCACCAGGUGGAGUACCUCGGGCUGCUGGAGAACGUCAGAGUGCGGCGUGCCGGCUUCGCCUACAGACAGACGUACCCUCGUUUUCUACAGAGAUACAAGAUGAUUUCGGAGUUUACGUGGCCAAACCACGACCUGCCAUCAGACAGAGACGCAGUGAAGAGGCUCCUGCAGGGAUGUGGGUUUGACCACGACGUGGCCUAUGGCAAAACCAAGGUCUUCAUCCGCACGCCACGUACGCUCUUCAGCCUGGAGGAGCAGCGGGCAGAGAUGGUCCAGAGGAUCGUCCUCUUCCUCCAGAAGGUGUGGAGGGGCACCAUAGCCAGGAUGCGAUACCGGCGGAUGAAAGCGGCCCUCGUCAUCCUGCGAGCCUACCGACGCUACAAGGUGAAAUCCUACAUCCGCGAGGUCAACCGGCGCUUCAAAAACGUCGGAUCCAUGAAGGAUUACGGCCGGCACGUGAAGUGGCCCACGCCUCCCAAAGUCCUGCGCAAGUUUGAAGAGGCACUCAGGAGCAUCUAUAACAGGUGGUGGGCAUGGACGCUGAUCAAAGGCCUCUCUCCAGAAGAGGCCCUGCAGGUGAGGGCCAAGGUCGCCAGCCUGGAGGCCCUGAAGGGCCAGAGGGCCGACUUGGGGCUUCAGAGAGCCUGGGAAGGAAACUACCUGAAGCGAGACAGUCCUGACACAGCUUCAUCUUUCACACUGGUUUCCAGCGAGCUGCAGCGGAAAGACAAAUUCAUGAGAGUGUUGUUCUCCUGCAACGUUCGCAAGAUCAACCGUUUCCACAAGGCGGAGGACCGGGCUGUGCUCAUCACUGACCGCCACCUGUACAAGAUGGACCCCUUGAAGCAGUACAAACCCAUGAAGAGCAUCCCCCUCUACAACGUGACGGGGGUGAGCGUGUCCCCGGGGAAGGACCAGCUGGUUGUGUUCCACACUAAGGACAGCAGGGAUCUCGUGGUGUGCCUGCAGGGCAUGGUGCCUGCCAAUGAGAGCCGCAUAGGGGAGCUGGUUGGCACCCUACUCAGCCAUUUCAAGAGUGAGAAGAGGAAGCUGCAGGUGAACAUUGCGAGUCCCAUCCAGUGCAGCAUGAGCGGGAGGAAGUGCACGAUCAUUGUCGAGCCCAAGAUCAACCAAUCCCAGCCUGACUUCACCAAGAGCCGAUCUGGUUACAUCCUGGCUGUUCCUGGCAACUAAAGUGGGCCACACAGGGUGAAAUCCCCCCCCCCCCCCCCCCCAAAAAAAAAAAAAACGGUGACAGCAGAGAUUAGAGCCAGGCUGAGAUCAUGAUGAUUCACUUCUUUUUUGCAGAGCUGCUGAUAAUGUGACGAUAUAGAUAGCCGCUCUGUAGGAGGAUUGCGGUAAUUACAUCCUCAAUAUGCAAAGCCAUGCCAAAUUUGACCUGUUUUCUAGAUUUCUAUGCAACAUUACUAUAAACAGGAAGUGCGCCUACACCUACAUGCACAAUGUCCUGAGCUAAACAGGUUUUUAUAAAAUGCACUACAGGAUAAUCCACCAAAGUGGUGUUUUUUUCUUUUUUAAAAUCCAAAUUUCAACUGACUUGCUUUGUGCAAUAUUUACUCUAUUGCAGAUGGAGUAUUUUGGUGGCGGAGGUGAGAGGUGAUUAUGCAGCAACUGUUCUCUGAAAAACUGAUGUUGCAUAAUCGGAAAAAAAUCCAAAGGCUUUGCAGGAAUUUAUAAUCCGUGCAGCUCCCUGUGCAGGGGCUAGAAAAGUGAAACCCAAAAAAAAUGAAGCAAGAUAAUAUUUAUGUUUGACUCUAUCUGCUCUAAAAUACAAGAGAACACUUUUUGUGAUGUAUAUUCUAAGGAAUAAUAAUGUUAAUGAUCUUAAUUGAAGACUUACCUACCUACACGGUAAAUGAAAGGAAAUGCAGCGUCCACGUAGAGUGCAUAAAAUGUUUACAAUCACAUGUGAGGACAGCAAAAUGUGAUUCAGUGGUUCAGCCAGUGUCUGAGGCACCAGCUCCAAAUUCACUGUCAGUGUGUUAGUCACAGGACGUGUUGAGCAUGUCCUGAACAUCGCAACCUGCUACAUGCAAAGUGUUAAAAAUCUAUUAAUUUAAAUCCUGCUUCUUAUACUCUUUUCUGCAAUGUGUGUACUUUUAUAAUACGCUCAUACUGCUUAUAUAUCAGAGGUUAGAAUCAGCCCAAAAGACAAUGUUUGCAUUGUACGUUUCUGCAAACCAUAAAUAUGUUACAUCUACAUGUUUCAUGUAUCAUAUCAAAGUUUCUUUAGUGACGCUGACUUUGUCAUGCAGAGGUGGAAGUUAGUGGAUCGUGUGUCACAUAGGCAAGACCCACACAAGCUACAGACCACUGUUUAAGACCAACAACAUUUGUAUUUUAGUGACCCUUCCCAGGAUUUCCAUUUGUGUUUGUGGCACCCUGGGUGUUUUCACUGACCGGCCCCAGCUCUCCCAGCAGCGUUUGAACAAAUUGUGGCAUCUCUUAGUGGCUUUUAAGCUACAAAACACGGGUGGUUUUUCACCAACCCUCCCUGCUUUUCCAGUGGCCUGUCAACCACUGGUUGAGGCCAACAAACAACAACCUCAUUUUCUUUUGUAGAGACCCUUACCGGCAUUGGGUUUGUUGCAUCGAACCUGGGUGUUUUUAGCAGAACAUCACUGUGUUUUCUAACAGCAUCUGUGGCACAGAACCAGGGUGUUUUUCACCUACCAGUCCCUGCUUUUCCAGUGGAUUUCUGUGCCACUAAAUGUGGGUAUUCUAAGCCAAAUCUGUGUUUUUGCCACUGAACUUGAUUGCUUUUGGUUGCGCACCACACCACUGUGUUCCCCAGUGUUUUUCACCAACCCAUUGCUGCUUUUCCAACAACUUUUCUACCACUGCAGAACACUAUUCGAGACCAAACUGACAACCACACCAGUUUUUUUAGAGACCCUUCCAACUAUCUCCACCAAUGUUUCCAGCACUAAAUCUGGGUGUUUUUUUUACAGACACGUGACAGCGUUUUCCAGCUGCAUUUGAGCCACAGAACCUGGGUGUUUUUCACUGACCCAUCCCUGAUUUCUUUGCUUUUGUGGCCCCAAAUGUAGGCGUUUUAAGUCAAAACUUGAUCUCUCUCUAAACAUAGUCAAGUUAUUUUUGUGUGUAAACCUAACCACACCUUCACCACAACAAUGUUGGGAACAAACAGUUAAGUUUCUAUGUAUCUGCUACAAAAUAAUGAACAAAUGUAACAUAUCAGUGGUGUGCAAAAAUGUGCAAUGCAAACAUUUUUUUCUGUAAAUUGGGCUGUUAGAAUACACUCUGGCAGCACCUAUACUGCAUUUAGUAUAAAAAGAGAUGCUAAAACUGAGUAACAGAAUGCAAAUACAAAAACAAUAACCAAAGCAUUAUUUUCUUUUUUUAACAGAUAUUUUGAGUUCGUAUUCUCCUAAAAUGUAAACAAAGACUUGAGUGUUGCUGGCCAGUACUGUAUAAUCCCACGUGAACUCCAGCCCCUGAGCAUAGUCUCGUUUGCUCUCUUUUUGUCAGGUGAAUAGCAUAAUGACUUGUAGUGGUCCUUCGUCCUGUGGAAUAGCCUUCCAUUUGACAAAUAUCCCCUUCAUCAGAGAAAAGGAGAGUGUGUGAGUACGGCUGUGGGAGUGUGUGCGUGUGUUGAUUAGCUCUUUUUAGCUCUCCUCUUCUUGGCUCUGAGGCUGAGAGUCUGGCGAGCGGCCACAGUGAACGAGUGAAGACAGAGGGGUGUGAAGUCUGGAAUCAGACUGCUGUCCUAGUUUGCCUCCCUGUCUAAUGAUGGGAAUGACUUUUCGUGGACUAUUUCAGAGAUUUGAUUUUCAUCUGCGCUCGCUAAACUCCCCUCGAUGGUCCCGAGGCCAAAUCCAACCAAUCAAAUCAUCAGCACUUCAGAGAUUGCUUUGUACUGUUCUCACAAGCUGUCGGCUGUGCUGAAAGUUUCCACUCUGUUUUCAUCCUUUGGUAAGUGCUAGCGCGCUGCAAUAUGGUCUUUUUCCAGACAUCGUGAGAAUGUGUGGCAACACAGAAGCUCACGAGAUGGAGAUCUGGCUUGUCUGGCUUUACAGUGCGUGUAUUAAUAUCCAUACACAGAUUGCACAUAUGGUGCAAAUAUCUGCUGCUCUGUAACAAACCGAAUAAUUCUGAGGUUAAAAGUUCAUUUUUGACCCUGGAUUUGCAUUUUCCAAGGGCCAAACUAACAGUUUAAGAGAUUAAUACAGGCUAUGGUUGCAUUUCAAAUUGCAAAAAAAGUGAAAGAAGAUUUCAAAUGCAGUUUGGAUCAUAAAAUUCAGUUCAGCUGAUGUUGAGAUAUCAAUAUCUAAAGUCAAAAUAACUGUCUUGCCAGCAUAUUCUCUCUCACACACAAUAGUCCAGCUAUGGGGUCCAGAUUUCUCCGUAGUCAUUAGUUCAGGGUCCACACAUUCGAUAAAUGACCACAUAUUCAGUUUUAUUUCACAAAAUGUAAACAACACCCGCACUUAAAACACAAAGAAAUAAUAUUUGGUGAAAGAAUAAAGAGCAAUUACUUAUAAGUUAUUUUUUAAAAAUAGUUCUGCAACCAAAAAAGUGAAUUCUCUCCAUGUGUAUGGCUGAGACUGAUUCUCUUAAUGUCCAUCUGAAGAAAUCAAGGAGUGCUGUUAGCCUUCCAGUCAUUAAGAGUUAUUAUCUUAGCUGCUAAUAUGGCGAAGAACAGGGUCUUAUGUGGCAGUGCAAGAGACGCUUUGUUUGUUAACUUCAGUUAAAAAAUAUUUCGGAUUCUUCUUCCAUCGUGGAGGCACGUGAGAAAAAUAGUUUACUUCAAGAAUUCAAGGUAACACAGGGUGAGUAACUGAAAUACAAAUGAUCAUUCUGGGGGCGAAGUAUUCCUUUGUGGUCGUCAUGAUGACGUGACGGUAAAUGACACAAAUUGUUAGAAUGAGAAGACCAGAAAUGUGUUAUCCCUCGGCCCACAGAGACCUGGCUGUAUUGUCUCUGAGCAAAGAACACUGACUGAGGGCUGAGGAGCGACAGCUCAGGGUUAUGAGUCGGCGCUCCCCCGGUGUCUGGCCUAGUUGAAGAGGCAGACACACUCUCUACAACAGGAAGCAAAAACUUGUUAGCAAUCACUUCGGCCACAGCAGCACGGCGCUCUGAUUGUGCCCGAGUGUUGAGCGAGUCGUUUAUCUUAAUUAGUUUGCAAGAGGCCCCGUCUUUUGAAGAAGCAAAUCUCCAUUCUACCUCGCGGCUCCGUGGCGGCCGACCUUGUCCCGUCGCCUGAUAAGACACUUUGAUGCAGAAAGAGAGUUGUUUGGGGAAAGUGGUGCAUUCACAGUGUGGAUUAAGGAAGUGACAUUGGUUGCAUUAAUAGAUGGUUUUCUAAGGAGCUCAGGCAGCCUGUGUGUGUGUGUGUGUGUGUGUGUGUGUGUGUGUGUGUGUGUGUGUGUGUGUGUGUGUGUGUGUGUGGACAAUAACACUGCAGCUCUCCAUAUCCUUCGGCAUGGUAAUCUCCCACAGGGCUUCUCCUCUCCUCCGCUCUGCUCUGCUAUUCACCGCUCAUCAUUAGGAUGGACUCUGUGUCACUUCUCACUUCAGCGCUCCUCUCUUUGCUUUCUUAAGGCAAAAGGAGGAGGAGGAGGAGGAGGAGAGUGAACAAAGCCGAGCUUGGCCUCUUCUUUUUCUUUAUUCCCUCAGCUUUCUCCUUCUCCCUACCUCCUUUUUCCUACUUUCCUUCCUCUGUUAAAUCUUCGCUCCUCGCCCAGUUGGGCUGACUGUACCGUCCUGCAGGGCAGUGAAGGUUUUCCUUUUUUUUUUUUUCCCAUCUUUUCGUCCUGUGCCCAGGAGGCGUGGAAACAAGAAGGGAAACCACACCAGCAACAAUACAUGUGGAACAAUAGGAUGAUCACACAGCAGUGGAAACAAAGAGAUAACACAAAGCCGAGUAAAUACUGUGGUUCCAAAAUGUCUUAAAGGAUGAGAAUAAUAAUUCUGUCAACAAAUCCCAUGAAAAGACCAAAAAUAGCAAUUAGGGCUGGGUAUCGUUACUGUAAAUUGACUCCCGAGCCAGGAUCAGCAAACUUUCUGUUGAGCCGAUCUCUUUCCAGAGAACCAUCAGUUCAAUGUCUGCACGCUUCACACGAGCUAACACAGCUAACAUCCGACACCAAACCAUUAAACGGUCCCAUCAAUCUCACACCAACACUAAAACGGCUCGACUUUGUCAUUUAGCCUGUUAAUAAGCACUAGGUAUCAUUAGCCAUGUGAUGCUAACAGUUAGCCCUGUCACUAGUCAGGUUUUCAUUUCAGAUUUGCACAA